AUGAUUGUGCUGUAUUUUAUUGGACUUCUAUUGGCAAGUGAUCUGCUACAUGGAGCGACCACAUCCAAUUCGACAACUCCAGUAGUCACCAACGCAGCGACAACUCACGCCCCGUCUAACGCCAACAAAACAGUGUGCUACCCGUUUGUCGGUUGUUUCGACAACUACGCCCCGUUUGAUAAUGCAAACCUCGACCUUCCCAGAUCCCCCGAUGCGAUUGGUACCGUCAUGCUCUUGUUUACACCGGAAGGAGGGUCACAACCGGAAGUGCUGGAUUACACUAAUGUGAACACAGUGUUGAAUUCACACUACAAUCAUGACCGAAAAACUAAGUUCAUCAUCCACGGGUUUACCAAUAAUAUCAACACCACGUGGAUGUACCAGAUGAAGGAUGAGUUAUUAAAAGUAGAGCCCAUGAACGUGGUGGUGGUAGCGUGGGGCCCGGGUGCAGCCUUUCCAGACUACUUCCAGGCAGUGGCCAACACGCGCAUGGUGGGCACACAGAUGCGACUGAUGAUUGAUCAAAUGGUGCUGACGGGCGCAAGUCUUGCUGAUUUCCACUUGAUCGGUCACAGUCUUGGGGCGCACACAAGCGGUUACACGGGCUAUCUAUUACACGGAAAGUUAGCGCGAAUCAGUGGUUUGGACGCUGCCGAGCCGGACUUCGAAAAUCACCCAAAAAUGAUCCGUCUUGACGCUGACGACGCUAUGUUCGUUGAUGUGAUCCACACGAAUGGGGCACCCAUUUCCACGGGUGGAGCGGGUCUAAUGCAACAAAGUGGACAUGUAGACUUCUACGUCAACGGCGGGGAGACACAGCCAGGAUGUCCUAGCCAAAUCUCAGGAGUUAUCGGAGAGAUUUUCAAUGGCAAUUUUGACCAUUUGGGAGAUACAGUCAGCUGUAGUCAUUCCCGUUCUCACGAGGUCUUCACCGAGUCCAUUAACUCACCUUGUCCAUUCACAGGCUAUCCGUGUAGUUCAUAUGAUAAAUUCCAAAAAGGCGCAUGCCUGACUUGUGGAAGUAGUGGGUGCGCUCAGAUGGGUUACUAUGCUGACCAGUACCAUACCAGGGGCAAACUAUACUUGAAUACCGAGUCCAGCACCCCAUAUUGUGCUUUUCAGUACAGAGUCAUCGUGAGCUCUUCAGCAGACUCCAGGGGAACUGUCGCUGUGAGAUUAAACGGUGUAUGGGGCACUUCCGGUUGGCACAGCAUUACUGCCCCUGACGUGGACCUAACAUCUGGUCACAACCUUCAGAAGCUGGUCACCUCGUCUGUCGAGGUCGGACAAAUUCAGAGUAUAGACCUCCGCUACACAAAAAAAGCCUCCAAUUUCUUUGGUCUCUUCGGCGGAGAGGACUCUUGGUCAUCCAAUUCCGUAUCUGUAACUUCCGGUGAGCUGGGACAAAGUUUUCAGUUCUGUACCAAUAACCGUGUACUCCAGGAUGGCACUCCAAUAAAUAUAAGGAGAGCGUCAGCCCAUUCUUGUUAA